AUGUCCGAGCCAAAGAUUCAGAAGAUAGGCAUGGUCGGUGUGGGGAGCAUGGGCUCCAUGAUGAGUCUGCUGUUUGCAGAGCAUGGAUACCACGUCUUUUUCUUCGACAUUGAACAGAGUAAAAUGGACGACACACAAAGCAAAGCUCAAGACGUGAAUCUGCACGAGUAUGUUGUUGGACAAGAUUCUUAUAGCCAAUUGUGCAAAAGUGUUUCUUCAGAUUCUCAACCUCGUCUUAUCGUGUUCAGCAUUCCUCAUGGAUUGGCCGGCGACAAAUGUUUGCAGGGGCUACUUCCAUCCCUUACCACCGGCGACAUUGUCCUCGAUUGUUCAAACGAGAACUACAAGAACACGGAACGUCGGCAAGAGGAGCUUAGACCAUAUGGAAUCUUUUAUGUCGGAUGCGGAGUGUCGGGGGGCUACCAAAGUGCACGAGCAGGGCCAUCCAUGUCACCAGGAGGUGAUCGAGAAGCGGUCGAAAAGAUCCUGUCGAUUCUUCGAACCGUCGCUGCAAAAGAUGAGGGCGGGAGGCCAUGCGUCAAUUACAUCGGCCCCGGGGGCUCCGGUCACUUCGUUAAGAUGCUCCACAACGGCAUCGAACAAGGCAUGAUGUCGGUUAUUGCUGAAGCGUGGUAUAUCCUGACCCGGGGGUUGGGACUCAGCUAUGACGAAGCUGGGCAGGUUCUACGCCAGUGGAAUGAAUCACCCGAAUUGUCCAAGUGCUUCCUCAUAGCUAUUGGCGCGGACGUGAAUCGAGAGAAAGACGACAAAUCAAAUCAUGUUGUGUCGUACGUUCAGGACAAAGUCGUCCAGGAUGUGGAUGAGUCUGAAGGCACCGGAACCUGGACCUGCGAGGAAGCAGUGCGUCUUCACUCACCGGCUGCCACCAUCCUAAGCGCCCAUCUCUUCCGUUGCGCUUCGGCUGAUCUGAAAAAGCGGAUGAAAACCGAAAAGGUUAGCAAAGGCACAUUUGCGACCAAGCCGCUACAGGUAGACGAUCAGGACAGCUUCAUCGAACAGCUGCGCAUGGCGACGUAUUUUUGCUUCCUUCUUUGCUUCGUGCAAGGGCUGAAUCUUCUGCGUCAAAAGAGCGAGAAGAAAGGCUGGGAAAUAAACUAUCCUGAUCUACUCCAUGUUUGGAGUGCAGGUUCAAUCAUCCGUGCAGAUGGCAUCAUGUCUCUCUUGCAGUCAAUCUGUUCAUGGCCCAGAAUGAAGCCGGAUGGUGAUGGUAUUCUGACCGACCAAACGCUGGAGAAAGAACUGAGUCGCAGCUUCGAUUCGACAAAGAAUGUUGUGCUCAAGGCAGUCGAAGGUAAUAUGAUAAUUCCUGCCAUCAGCCAGUCCCUCGAAUAUUACAAGUAUUCUACUCAUACAGAAUUACCGACUCAGUUCAUGGAGGCGGAGCUGGACUACUUUGGGCAUCACAACUUCGAUAUCAGAGGCCAUGGUCCGGGCGAGGCAAAGAAAGGAUCUCAUCAUCAUGAAUGGAAACCCGCGAAGGGCACGUCGGAUAAAUAA